CUUCCACAAUGCACGUGGAGGGACUCUAUAUAAUGAUAUUGAAUUGAUUAAUUACUUCGUUAUAAGUUCACCGACAUGAAGGUGAAGGUGUUGUCAAGAAAUCCAGAUGAAUAUUUACGUGAAACCAAACGGGAUAUUCACAAAGUUCCACGAAAUUAUGAUCCCAUACUGCAUCCUUUUGAGGCCCCGAGAGAAUAUACAAGAGCUCUAAAUGCUGUAAAGUUAGAUAGAGUGUUUGCCAAACCGUUUGUUGGCAACUUAGAAGGGCAUAAAGAUGCUGUUUCUUGUAUGUGCAAGCAUCCAGGAAAACUGCAGGUACUAUUAAGUGGUGCUUAUGAUGGCGAAGUAAGAAUUUGGAAUUUACCUCAGAGAACUUGCGAAUAUAACUUCCUUGCGCACGAUGGAGUCCUAAGAGGAAUCGCAUUUUUAUCGGGUGCAGAGCAUUUUAUUACAAUUGGUGAUGAUAAAACUAUUAAAACCUGGAGAGCACGAAAAUCUGAUAAUAAUGAAGAGGCAGUGCCAACGAAUACUAUUAUUAGCAAAACUAUUUUAACUGGCAUUACCCAUCAUCGAUCCGAUGCUUUCUUUGCUACUUGUGGAGAAGUAUGCCAGUUAUGGGAAGAAACAAGGAAUGAACCAAUACGUACUUUCAAAUGGGGUGUCGAUAGUUUACACGAUGUUAAAUAUAAUUAUGUUCAAACUAAUUUACUUGCUGCAUGUGCAAGUGAUCGCAGCAUAAUUUUAUACGAUACACGCGAAACUGGUCCCUUGCGACGAAUUGUUAUGAAACUUCGCACCAACAGGCUUUCUUGGAAUCCAAUGGAAGCAUUUACUUUUACGUGUGCUAAUGAAGAUUACAAUUUAUAUACCUUUGAUACACGUAAAUUAUCAACUCCAGUUAAUGUACAUAUGGAUCAUGUCGAAGCCGUAACAGAUGUAGAUUACAGUCCUACCGGUAAGGAAUUUGUGUCUGGUAGUUAUGACAAAUCAAUUCGAAUUUUCCAAACUAAUAAAGGUCACUCGAAAGAAGUUUACCACACUAAACGUAUGCAAAGGCUUACAAGUAUAAUAUGGUCCCUGGAUAAUAAAUAUAUUCUUAGUGGUAGCGAUGAAAUGAAUAUUCGAGUUUGGAAAGCUAGGGCAUCGGAAAAAUUGGGAGUGCUAAAACCUAGAGAGAAGGCGGCACUUAAGUAUAGUGAAGCACUGAAGGAAAAAUUCGCAAGUCAUCCACAAGUGCAAAGGAUCGCACGACACAGACAAAUUCCAAAGCACAUUUAUAAUGCGCAAAGUGAGAUACGCAGAAUACGUGAAAAAUCAAACCGAAAGCAAACAAAUCGACGUAUGCAUUCCAAAAAAGGAGCCGUACCUUUUGUAUCGGAAAGGCAAAAACAUAUUGUCCGAGAAGAUGCUUGAUUUGUUAACACAUGUAUCGCUGAAUAAAGCAAUGUUUUAUAUAAACAA